AAAAAUGAGUCUAACACCGUUACGGAAAGCUUCGUCUUCUAGAUUGGUUAAACAAUUUUCUGAAACUAACGUUCUUUCAACUAACGGCGAUGAGAUUUUGGAUAGAGGAGAACUUGCCAAACUUGAAAAUCGAUUUGUUUUUGAAUGUGCUUGGGAAGUUGUUAAUAAAGUUGGUGGAAUUUACACUGUUCUUCGAACAAAAGCGCCUAUUAGCACUGAUGAACUAGGGGAUCAAUAUUACAUGAUGGGUCCAUUCGUUGAAGAACGUGUUCGUCUUGAAAUGGAAAUUUUAGACCCAGAAACUGCCAAUUUAAAAUAUACAAUCGAUCAAAUGGCAGAAUGGGGAUUUAGAGUAGUUUAUGGUCGGUGGUUAAUUGAUGGAUAUCCAAAAUGUUUACUUUUUGACAUUGGCUCUGCUGCUUGGAAAUUGGAUACCUGGAAACAUGAGCUUUGGGAAAGAUGUAAAAUUGGAGUUCCUUUUCUCGAUCGAGAGGCCAAUGACUGCAUAAUUUUUGGCUUUUUGGUGGCCAUAUUUCUAAAAACAUUUGUUGAUUCUUCACAAGAUUUUGAUCCCCACAUUGUUGCACACUUUCAUGAAUGGCAAUCGGGUAUUGGGUUAAUUAUGUGCAGAAUGUGGAAGCUCAAAAUAGCCACUUUACUCACUACCCACGCAACAUUGUUAGGCAGACAUUUGUGUGCUUCUGGAGCUGAUUUAUACAAUAAUUUGUCUAAUUUUGAUGUCGACGCAGAAGCUGGAAGGUUACAAAUUUAUCAUCGUUAUUGUUUAGAAAGGGCAGCUGUUAAUAUUGCUGAUGUAUUUACUACUGUUAGUGAAAUCACUGGAUUAGAAGCCGAAUAUUUGUUAAAACGAAAACCUGAUAUUCUCACUCCAAAUGGAUUAAAUGUUGUUAAAUUUGCUGCAUUACACGAAUUUCAAAAUUUACACGCUCAAAAUAAAGAGAAAAUUCAUGAUUUUAUUCGUGGCCAUUUUUAUGGACAUAUGAAUUUUGAUUUGGAAAAAGUUCUCUACUUUUUUACUGCUGGACGUUAUGAAUUUAGCAAUAAAGGAGGAGAUUUCUUUAUUGAAGCAUUGGCUUCUUUAAAUCAUAUGCUUCAGACAUCAACCGAAAAACGCGUUAGUGGAGUGACCGUUGUAGCUUUCAUCAUUUAUCCUGCAGCAGCUCACUCUUUUAAUGUUGAUACUUUGCGUGGACAGGCUGUUUGUAAACAAUUGCGAGAAACUAUAGUUAAAUUGAAGGAGAAUAUGGCUUCGAGGCUUUUUGAUUCGUGUUUGAGAGGACGAAUUCCAGACAUGGAAGAAUUAUUAUUGCCUGCAGAGCGUGUACAAUUAAAACGUUGUAUUCUUUCUUCAAAGCGUGACACUCUUCCACCAAUUUGUACUCACAAUAUGGUUGAUGACGUUUCCGAUCCAGUUUUGAAUGCAUUUAGACGAUGCCAACUUUUUAAUUAUGAUCAUGAUAGGGUUAAGGUUGUUUUCCACCCAGAAUUUCUCAGUUCUGUUUCGCCUCUUAUUGGGCUAGAUUAUGAAGAUUUUGUUCGCGGAUGUCAUUUGGGAGUGUUUCCUUCUUAUUAUGAACCGUGGGGAUAUACACCCGCCGAAUGUACUGUAAUGGGAGUACCAUCAGUAACAACAAAUUUAUCAGGAUUUGGUUCUUUUAUAGAAAAACAAAUUCCAGACCAUGACAAUUACGGUCUUUAUAUUGUUGACAGAAAAAAUAAAACUUCAAAUGAAUCUAUUCGACAAUUGUCACAAGUUUUGUUUAAUUAUUGUACUUAUUCAAGACGUCAACGUGUAAUAAUACGUAAUAGAGCUGAACGUGUUAGUGAACUUUUGGAUUGGAAAACACUUGGAGGGUUGUAUCGCGAAGCUCGUCGAAUGGCAUUAAAAAAGAUUUAUCCAGAUUUGGAAAUGAGAACUUCAGAAUUGUUGGCAAAAAUGCCACGUCCUUUAUCCGCUUCGAGCACACCAGUUCAUAGCGAUUUAGAAACUGAUUCUGACACUGAGGAACAACAAGAACACGAGGUGAGGAGGGAGAGAGAAAAGAUAAUUUAUUCAAAGAAGUUUUUUUGA